GGUCAACAUUUUUAAAUUAAAAAUAUUAAAACAGAGUCUAUGGUUGUUAUUUCGUUUAGUUCCGAUGUCGAAACAAUAGCGAAUUUGGUGAAAGUUUUAGACAAUAAUAAAAAAAGUUUCGCAAAAAUGAAUAAAUUAAAAUCAUCACAGAGAGAUAAAGUGAAAAAAUUUGUCGCCUUUACGCAAACAACGGAGAGUACGGCAAUAUAUUGUCUUUCGCAAAAUGAUUGGAAAUUGGACUUGGCUAGUGACAAUUAUUUUCAAAAUCCAGAUGCGUACUACAAAGACUCUACAAAAGCGUUAGUGGAUAGGAAAAAAGUUGAUCAGUUAUUCAAUAAGUACAGAGAUCAGCAGGAGAAUGAUAAAAUCACUGUUGACGGUGUUAUGAAGUUCCUAGAAGACCUAAAUUUAAGUCCUGAAUCAAUUUUAAUCCUAAUAAUAGCUUGGAAAUGUAAAGCUGCAGUACAAUGCGAGUUCACGAAAGAGGAAUUCACAACAGGGCUUAUAGAACUCGGUGUUGAUAGUAUAGAUAAGUUAAAAACAAAAUUACCAACACUGGAAACAGAAAUAAAAGACCCAAAUAAAUUUAAAGAUUUCUAUCAUUUUACUUUCAAUUAUGCAAAAAAUCCAGGUCAAAAAGGACUGGAAUUAGAUAUGGCGAUAGCUUAUUGGAAUAUUGUGCUCCGUGGGAGAUUUAAGUUCCUUGACGCAUGGUGUAAAUUUCUCACGGAGCAUCAUAAAAGAUCUAUACCAAAAGACACUUGGAACUUACUAUUAGAUUUCGCAACACAAAUAGAUGAUGGAAUGAGCAAUUAUGAUGCAGAAGGAGCCUGGCCGGUCCUCAUAGAUGACUUUGUAGAGUGGUGUCAAAAGAAUGAACUAACCGCGGAUGGUGUUAAAGCUCUAGAGCCGGCGUCUGGCUAGCUGAUACUUAAUCGACGGCAGAACGAAGCAAUAACACACAUGGAAGAAGGUAGAAGAAGCUUAGUCAGACGUUUUUGUUCUUAUGUUUUUUCACUGUUGUCAUGCUUCGUUCUGUACAGUCUUGAGCUAUGCACGGUCGAAUGGAUCGCAAUAAUUAUUGUUUUCGAUUUAUGUAGCUGACCGUAUAACAUUGAUGCUUUAUGUAGCACGAAUCCACAAGAGUGUACAUAGUCUCCAAUUUACGUCCGUUAGACAAUUGACUAUAGAUCCGAUAAAUCAGUUCAAAUACUUAGCUUGAAGUUUUUGUUUUUCAAUUUAUAGUAGGUGAUUUUUCGAAUUUUUCAGAAGAUUUUAAUCUCGUUACUUAUAGUGUAACUAAUCUGUGAAGAUUUUAAAUUAAGAUGUAAAUAUGUAUAUACAAUAAUGAUAUUAAUUUUUCUUUUUUAUUACAAUUACUUAAAGUUUAGUAUUUCCUUCACUUUUUUUAUUUAACAGUCGGGAGAGCAAUGUUAAAUGCCUAAUUUGUAAUUUGUUGUGAUUUCAAUUAUUUUAAUGUGUAAUUAAAUUGUCCUAAUAGAUUUUUUUUUAACCUGCUUAAGUUCAGUGCAAUGAUAAUUUGUUCUUUAUUGUAUUAAUAACUUAGUGAAAAUUCUAAAUGACAUUUAAUGAUAAUAAUAAUAAUUGUUAAAAUUCA